AUGGUUUUGGAAAAAAACGGGGGUGUUGCACUCGCUCAUCCCUUGCACGGCGAGGAGAUCGUCAUUACCGGGAUGUCUGGACGUUUUCCCGAGUCGGACGACAUCUACCAGUACAUGAGAAACAUCUACAACAAAUUUGACAUGAUCACCAGCGAUAAUCGGCGCUGGUUACCGACCAACCCCGAGAUACCCCAUCGUAUUGGUAAAAUUAGCCAUCUAGAGAAGCUGGACGCUGGCCAAUUCGAUUUGCAUUACCACGAAGCCAACCAGAUGGAUCCCAUGAUCAAGAUUUCCUUGGAAAAGGCGUACGAGGCGAUCCUUGAUGCCGGUUACAACGUAAACGAGAUGGACGGUGCGAACUGCGGUGUCUUCAUGGGGUGCUGCUUUUCGGAAAGCGAGGAGGUCGUGCUUAUGGCGACGAAUGCCAGCCCGAACUUUGGCGUGACAGGGAGUUCUAGAUCUAUGACUUCGCAGCGCAUCAGUCACUACUUCAAUCUGAAAGGGCCAUCUUAUAUUACUGACACGGCGUGCAGCAGCUCACUUUACGCUUUGGAGCACGCGUACCGAGCGAUUCGGACUGGUCGAUGCGAGAGCGCAUUAGUUGGUGGCGUCAGCUUGUGCCUAAACCCCAUAGCAUCUCUUCAGUUUGCUCGGUUAGGUGUUCUGAGUGCGGACGGGAUGUGCAAGCCGUUUGAUGAAGACGCGAAGGGUUACGCGCGCUCUGAGACCGUUUCCGUUGUCUUCCUGCAGAAGGCUAAGGAUGCUCGACGAAUUUACGCACAGUUGCUGCACAGCAAAACAAACAGUGACGGCUACAAGGAGCAAGGGAUAACGUUCCCGUCGAGCGAAAUGCAAAAGGUCCUCUUAGACGACACCUACGAGGAAUGCCGAUUGGAUCCCACUACAAUCGACUUCCUCGAAGCGCACGCCACCGGUACCAGGGUCGGCGAUCCCGAAGAAAUGGCCGCGAUGGAGCAAGUCUUCUGUACCAACCGCGACACACCACUGAUCGCCGGCUCCAUCAAGUCCUACCUCGGCCAUGCGGAGGGCGCGAGUGGAAUGUGCUCACUGGUCAAGGUUCUGAUCGGAAUGGAGGACGACUGCCUUUUGCCAAACAUCCACUACGACAAACCACGGCAGAGCAUAAAGGGUUUGGUCGAUGGCAGAGUGGUGGUCCCCUUAGACAAAAUGCUGUGGCCGAAAAACGGCUCUGGGGUGGUUGCGAUUAACUGCUUUGGCUUUGGCGGAUCAAAUGCGCACGUUAUCCUUAAGAGGUUCGAGCAACGAAAGAUUAACGAAGGAUUGCCCGAUGAUGACUUACCGCGACUCAUGUGCGUAAGUGGUCGCGUGCCGGAAUCGCUGAAAAGCAUCUUUGACGACAUCAGUGGGCGUAAACUGGACGCUGAGUAUUGCAGGUUACUUCAGGAGGCAUUCAAGGGUACCACCACUGACCACCCUUACCGUGGCUACAUAAUCCACUCCAAGGCUGGCGAGCUAAAGCGGAGCUCGACGAGGUUCGACAGCAAGAGACGCGUAUGUCUGCUCCUUCCAGGACCAACCAUGGAGCUCCUCGAGAUCGGCAGUGGACUGUUCAGAUUUUCAGCGUUUUCCGCGGCCGUAGAGAGAAUCGCCUCGCUUCUACCACCUGAGGUUCAUCUAACCAAGAUAAUAAAAAAUUGCGAAUGCAAUUGCGGGCGAGAAUUAGUACUCGCGAAUUUAGCCAUUCAGCUCGCCUUCAUCGAGCUGUUCAAGGAGCUGAAUUUAUCGUUAGACUACACGGCGGGGAUGUCCAUUGGGGAGUUAUCCGCCGGUUAUGCAAACGGGCGGAUCAAUCUCGAACAGGCAAUCGCGGUCGGGUACGAAAUUUCUCGACUGGUGGGCGAUGAUCUGCGUCUCGAGUACGCUUUAAGUACCAAAAGCUCGCUGCUGUUGAGCCGGCUACAAAAAGUGAUACCCAGUCCGGAAGUGAUGCUUCACAGUCUACUAAAUCCGAAACCUUUGGAAGCGCGCGAGUGGCAGCAGAGCCAUUAUCCCGAACUGGCAGUGGUCGUGCUCGGUUCCGAUCGGAUUCGGCUGAACGGUUUCGCUUCCUUGCACAUUUCCGGCUCGGAUGCCGUGACCUCAUUUCUGGAUGUGGUGGGAGGUCUUUACAAGCUCGGGCACAAUCUCAACGUGGAAGCUCUGUACCCGCCAGUCAAGUGGCCGGUUGGUCGUGGAACGCCCAUGAUCUCGCCGCUCAUUAAAUGGAACUACGACUUAGAUUGGUUUACAAAACUUCACACGAAGACAGUCUUGCACACGGGCGCCCAAGUUAUUCCUUUGGUCAACAAGACGAUUGACUGGUCCAUCUUACCAGGCCACGUCAUUGAUGGUAUGACGAUAAUGCCCGCAACCGGGUACCUCUUCAUGGUCUGGGAGACGUACUGUAAAAUUGUGGACGUUCCAAUAGCCGGUUCUCGGGUGCGCUUCGACAACGUGCGAUUCCACAAAGCUGUCCACAUUUCCAAAAUAUCGGAGAUGGAAUUCAAGAUCACCAUCGGACGAGGAACGAACAGAUUUGAGAUCGGAGACGUCGACGAAGUGAUCGUUUCCGGAAGCAUACGCACUCUCUCAGAAACGGAUGAAUUCAUUGAUCUUGCCUUGUCACCGGAAGAUGACGAAGGAAUCUCUUUCGCGUCCAAAGAUAUUUACAAAGAGUUACGUCUGCGGGGUUACAACUACUCGGGAGCGUUUCGCUCGCAGGAAAAAGCCCAUAUAUCCGGAUUGAUAAGCUGGAUUAAAUGGGAACGUAACUGGAUCGCAUUCAUCGAUAACAUGCUGCAGACGAAGCUUCUCGGGGAAGAUACGCGAAGUCUGUACGUCCCCACGUUCAUUGGACAGUUGAAGAUUGACGCCAUGAAGCACUUCGAGUACGUCAAGGAAUUGGACAACCCAUCUCUACUGCCUGUUUACAACCAUCGCGAGGCUGAUGCCAUCAGCUGUGGAGGUAUCGAGCUGCGGAAGCUUUACGCAACGUCAAUUCUGCGCCGUAAGGUGACCGCCGAGCCGGUCCUGGAGACGCACAAGUUCGUACCGUUUAACACCGAGCUGCCCAUGCAAUCUGCGGUGCGCGUCCUGGUGCAGAUCUUCCUGGAGAACUCACUCUCGCUGAAGGUUAAAAUCGUGGAGGUCGCGCAAACUGACGCAAUUGCUCCAAUUCUGCAAGAGGCUUUGAAUGAUCAGCCGCUGGUAAAAACUGAAGUUAUAAUUUUGGGCGACGAAAACUUGAGUGUUCCAAACAUGAAGGUCCACAACAAGGCGUUGUCCACCGAGAAACAGUGCGCGAUAGUCAUUGCAGAGGAGGCAUCGGGUAACCUUGAACUACUCAAGGAGGCUGAAGGCGUUCUCAAGGAGAACGGCAUUAUUAUCUCCAGGGAAAGAGGUGAGUUCACUGCAAAUUUCCCUGGCCUCGCGCUUCUGGCGCAAGUUAAAACUGAAACGGAUACGCUGGUGUUGCUGAGGAAGGUUGUGAGCUACCCCAAAGAGCAUGUGAUCAUGGCCAAGUUUGAUGGUACAACUUACGACUGGUUGCCCAAUCUUCAGAGUGCCAUGCGAAAUGAAACCAAAACUUUGGUGGUUGUUGAAAAUCAGCCCCUAAGCGGCGUGCUCGGCUUUGUCAAUUGUCUAAGACGCGAACCUGGGGGAACGAACGUGAAAUGCGUCUUUGUUCAGAAUGGAAACAUUAAAUUUAACCUCUCCGAUCCACUCUUCCGCGAACAGUUGGACAAAGACCUAGCUAUUAACGUGUUGAACCAAGACGUUUGGGGUAGCUAUCGCCAUCUGCCGCUGGAGCGCGUGACGGAGGUUGAAACCCAGCACGUCUUCUGCAACCAGAACGUCGUUGGAAACUUGUCGACGCUCAGUUGGGUCGAAGGGCUACCCUCCAAGGAUCCCGAACGAUCAAUCAAGGUAUACGCCAGUUCCAUCAACUUCAUGAAUAUUAUGUUGGCUUCCGGUCGUGUUCCUUCGGAGGCGUACACAAAGGAUCGACUUAUUUCAACUUCAGCGCAAGGUAUUGAGUACGCUGGGAUUGAUGCGAGGGGCGAGAGGGUAAUGGGAAUUCAGUAUGGGGCAAUGGCCAGUUACGUUGUCCCCGAUGGUGAAAUAAUGUGGAGGAUACCGUGUGAGUGGACUAUGGACCAAGGCGUCAGUAUUCCGAUUACCUACUCGACGGUGCUGUGCAGUUUCUUCGUGAGCGCCCAUCUCAAACCGGGACAAAGUCUUCUGAUUCACUCCGGUGCUGGGGGCGUAGGGCAGGCCGCCAUCUACAUAGCCUUGUUCUACAAGUGCCAAAUAUUUACGACGGUUGGUACCGAGGAGAAGAGGAAAUUCAUCAUGGAAACAUUCCCAGAGAUACCAGCUAACCACAUUGGCAACUCUCGCGACACCUCUUUCGUCCAGAUGGUUUUAAAGCACACGAGAGGAAGGGGAGUUGACUUGGUUUUAAAUUCCUUAGCCGAGGAAAAGCUCAAAGCGUCACUUCAGUGCCUUGCGCCGAAAGGAUACUUCGUCGAGAUAGGCAAAUACGACUUGGUCAACAGUAACACACUUGCACUAUCUGUACUAAGCGAAGGACGUAGGUAUGCCGGAUGCAUGUUGGAUAUGUACCUCGGGGACUGCCACAAUCAAAAGCACAAACUGCAACAAAUUCUGAGUAAAUUCCUGAAACAAGGAGCGGUUAAGCCUUUGUUCCUUGCCACCUUCAACAUGGACCAAGCGGAAGAAGCUUACCGUUUCAUGGCGGCAGGCAAACACGUAGGAAAGGUCGUCAUCAAAGUACGCGAUGAAAACCAACAAUCGCCCAAACUAUUCAAGGCUCUCCCAAGAUUCUCCUGCGAUCCUUGCAUGACGUAUAUCAUUUUAGGAGGCUUGGGAGGCUUUGGAUUGGAACUGGUUGAUUGGUUGAUACUAAGAGGGGCCCGCAAGUUGGUUUUGGUCUCUCGAAAUGGUGUCCGAAAUGGCUACGCUGCGUCCAGGCUUAGAACUUGGAAAACUUACGAGGCCACCAUAAGGGUGGCCACAGAUGACGUCACCACCGAAGAAGGUUGCGCGCGGCUGUUGGAGAGCUCGGAGAAGCUUGCGCCCGUAGCCGCGAUCUUCAAUUUGGCGGUGGUUCUUCGGGACGACCUCUUCGAGAACCAGACGGAAGAGAACUUCGUGAAUGCACUCUCGCCGAAGGCCCGGGCGACGCAGCACCUAGAUAUCCUAAGUCGGCAGCUCUGCCCCCGCCUACAGCACUUCGUUGUGUUCUCGUCGGUGUCGUGCGGAAGAGGAAAUGCAGGUCAAACCACUUACGGCAUGGCCAACUCCAUCAUGGAAAGGAUAUGCGAGAAAAGGAAACGGGAGGGCUACCCAGGUUUGGCAAUACAGUGGGGGGCAAUCGGAGAGGUCGGCCUGGUUGCGGAAAUGCAGGAGCAGCACAAAGAGAUUGUUAUCAGUGGCACAUUGCAACAGCGUGUCGCAUCCUGUCUGAGCACCUUGGAAACUUUCCUCCUGCAAAACGAGCCCAUCGUAGCAAGUAUGGUAGUGGCGGAAAAAAAGAGCGUCGCCGAAGGUGCCGAAAGCGUCAUCAGCGCUAUCAAAGGCAUCAUGGGAAUAACCGAUAUGACGACGAUCAGCGAGCACGCCACCUUAUCCGAAAUGGGUAUGGACUCCAUGACCGCGGUUGAAAUAAAGCAGACCCUCGAACGCGACUGUGAAGUCUUCCUAAGCCCGAAAGAAAUCCGAACCCUCACCUUCGCCAAACUAAAGGAGAAGUUAUCCAAAGAAGCAUCAGAUCCCGUAGCUCCACGCCUCCAGCCCCGCAGUAACAUCUUCUUCGUCCACUUCCGCACGGAGGAAGAUUCAAAAAUACCAUUAAAGCGACUGGAAAGCUUAGUUAAGAAAGAAGAUCAGGCGCCAUUGGCCAUCUUCCUGCCGGGAAUUGAAGGUGUAGCCGAAACCAUGGAGUUCUUGGCCAAAAACCUGCACUCGCAUGUGGAAUGCAUCCAGUACGCAAACAACGUCAGCGACUUCCGCUUGGAAGCCUUCGCUAAAUCACUACCAACACUAAUACCCCACGUCAAAAAUCACUUCAACCUCGUAGCAUAUUCGUAUGGUUGUGUGGUCGCGUUAGAGCUCGCAUCCAUCUUAGAAGUCCGUGGACUGAUCGGAAAAGUGAUUUUAAUUGAUGGGGCGCCGGAAAUGCUAAAGAAUCUAAUAAAGCUGCAGUACCCAUCGGAACACGAGUCCGAGGCCUUCCUGGAGACCGCCAUACUGUUUAACUUGAUCACCUCAUACGCGCCCAUGGAGGCAACAGUAGAGCUCCGGGAAACCGUCCGCCAGUUGCGCACAUUGAAAGAACGCGUCGAGUACCUACUGGAAGUGAUACCCGAAGGAAUUCCGCAUUCGAAAGAUUACCAAAGGCAGGUGGGCAUCGCCGUCUGCGCGAAAACGAAAUCUGUAUACAAUUACGAGGCAAACUUUCCAAAGCUGAAGUCGGAGGUGACGCUAAUCAAGCCGAACAAAUCGCCCUUCGUCAACUACGACGAGGACUACAGACUGCAGAAGUUGUGCGAGAAACCUGUUCGAGUUCAUACGAUUGAAGGGACCCACACUACCAUCGUCCAGAAUCCUGAGCUUGCCGAUUGUAUCAAUAAAAUCAUCAGCAAUUAA